CGGCCCCGUGAGCAAGCUGCACAACGCGGAUGUUCAAACAAGUUGGUCCUUUUCCCCAAGAAAAGUGCUUUUAGAUAUUUCCAGUUGCAGACAUGGAGUGCCUCAAAAACUGCUGCAAGAACUUCAUGAGAAAGAAUGAGAAGCAGCAGGAGACCCAAGUGAUUACAAUGAAGAUACCUCCUAACCAGGAAACCACCUUAGGAGAUAAUCAAAAUGACAGGAGAAAGGAAUUCACAGAAGAUUACCUUCUCUCCAAGCUGCCACCAGACGGCAAAGAGGUCCCAUUUGUCCUGCCUACCUUCAAGGCGUCCUUCGUCCAACCCAGAGGCCCCCAGUUCCCCAAUUUGCAGCCUGGUCCACAGAGUUCAGCAAGGUCCACUUAUGCAGAGAGGAAGGCAGACCUGUUGGGCACUGGUUCUUUUGCCUACAACCCAGAGUCAUUCUUUCAUCAGGGCUACAUGUCAGCGUACAUCUCACCUGGUUUGACCCGCCGAGACUCACAGAGGAACAGAAACGCCAGUCCUCUAAGCCCAGGUUGGACUCUAAAGCCCGACGGUCAGCAGCGACUAAGCAGCUCCAUGUUUGAUCUGUCCAACCUUCAGAGUCAAAAACAGCGCUUUGACUCCACGUCAAGCACCUUCAGCAGUACGUCCUCUGCGAUAGGCUCCAUAGAAAGCAGUCUGGAAUCUAUAACCUUGUCUGGGGAUGAGCAUGAGCUGGGGAAAGUGUGUGUCCGGAUGAACUAUCAGGAGGCCCUGGAGCAGGUGUGGAUAACCCUGGUUCAGUGCUCAGAUCUCAACCUUCAUCCAGAUGGUGCAGAACAACUAAUUGGUGUCAAGGCAAUCAUCACCACUCCGAAACCCAUACAGUUCAAGAGCACAGUCAAAGAAUACUGUCAGGACAUAUCCUUCAUGGAGACCUUCGUAUUUGCUCUGCGUCUCCAGCAGUUGCGCUGCAGUGCCUUGGUGCUGCGCCUGCAGUCACACAACCCCAAGAAACGUACAGUGGCAGAAAGUGUCCUUUCCCUGAGGCAGCUUGGUCCUCAGGAAUCAGAGCACUGGUUGGAACUCAACCCUCCAUCUAAAUCCUCUGUUUGCCACUCUGAGCUGCAUCUCAGCACCUGCUUUCAGCCAGUAAAUGGACGCAUCCAGGUCCAGAUUCAUGCCGCCCAAAACCUCCCUCCAUCCUGCUCACCUCUCUCCCAAUCGUUUUUCAUCAAAGCGGAGAUGCACCAGUUGGAACAGGAGGUGAUAAAGAAGAAGACACGUGCGCUGAAGCCGUCAAGGGGUCGGUGUCAGUGGGCGGAGACUUUCCACUUCAUGCUGGCCUCCUUAGAGCACGCCUGCUGGCUGUCGGUCAAGCUCUACAGUCGCAGCUCAGUCAGACGGAAACAGUGUCUUGGACAGGUUCAGCUGGGGUUCGACAGCCCUCUACCAGAAGCUGUGGAGCAGUGGAAGGACACAAUGUCUCACCCAGAGAAAGUGGUGACAGCGUGGCACAAGCUAAGCCCAUCCUAACUCUGUCUCUGCAGUGUUUGAAGACACUGCAAACAUCAUGCUCUUGUGCAGCAGGCCCAGCAGUACCUGCUUACUUUUCCAGUCGGUUUGCCAAAGUCGUGUAUGCCGACUGAGUCCACGCUUGAGGAUCGGACUGUAAAGUGCUGAACGUGCUCUGAAUGUCUGGGAAGACAGUUCAGGUGUUCAUUAAUUGAUUGUAAAUAGGGGUGUUGAACAAAGUGUAGGUGCUCUAGACUGAAUAAAAAUGUUUAAAACUGUAGGGCAUUUGUUUAACCAACAGUUUAACCACAUGCCAUUUAGUUAUAUAAUGUACUUUAUAAGUUAGGCCUUGUGUAAAUAACUGCUUUUGGGGAAAUAUGUCUUACUUUUCAGUUGGAUAUAUGUGAAAAAGAAAGGAUAUCCCUUUUCAGGCCUUACCAUGUCUUAGCCAGUUUAUUGGUCUGGAUCAUGCUAAGGAGGAAAGGCAUCAGCAAUGAUUUUAGAGAAGCUGUCCAUCAGGCUGGGGAGGGUUAUUAGAACAUUUCCAUUUACUUAGAAAAUUCUUUACAAGUGACAAAUAUUCAAGACAGUUGCAGAUCUUUACUGGAGUGGAUGUCCCUGCAAGUUCACCCCUCAGUGCAAUGCUCAGAAAUCCCAAAGAACCCAAGAGACACAUCUCAGGCUAUACAAGACCCGGUUGGCAUGUUAAAUAUUAGUGGUUAUGACAGUUAAAGUAGAGAAAGACUCAACAGUUCGACCUGUUGGAAAGAGUUAUGAAUACUUUUUUACCCCCACAUACCUGUCUGUUUACAAGCAGGAAAAAUUACCACAAGGUCAAACGUAUUGUAUUACUAAGUCUUUGUCAGUAAUAUCCACCUUACAGGAUAUAUCUGAUGAUUUUCCUCAUUUUUCUUACCAGCAACAAACGUGUAACUUUUUAAAGAGCUGGACAUUUGUAGAUUUUACCUUUAUUAUUUUUGAAAAAAUGUAGAAAGAUGUCAUACAGAGUGUAAAGGUGGGUCUCAAAGAUAUAUUUUAAUAUGGUUUUAAAUCUAUAUAGGAGUAGACAAUACCAGAUUAAGGUUAUACAGAUGCUGCUUGUUAGCUCUUUGUUACGUCUUUAUUCUUGGUGAAAAAACAGAAAAUUACUCAAUGUUAAAAAUGUGCUACAGGGUUUCCUUCUGAUCCCUAAUUUAAUAUUAUGGAAAAUCAUGUUAGUGAACUAGUACAGCAGCACACAACUCAAAGCUAGGCUUUACAUUUUUUUUAGAAAGCACUUUAUUUUUUUCUGUAUUUAAUAUUUUUAUUUUAGAAUUGUGCCAUAAUAAAAAGUAGUUGUCAUUU